AUGCCAUCAAAUUUGUUUCGUUGCUUUAAUUUUCUUGUAAUAGAAGAUGAUAAAGAAAAUAAGGACAAUUUACAAGAGGUCACUAAUCUUUUAAAGGAUUUCGAAUACAACAAUAUUUAUUGUUUCCAUGUGAAAAAUUCACCUAAUCUAAAUAAUUAUAAUUCUAUUAAAAAAUUUUUUAUAAAAGAAUAUAACUAUAAAAGUAUUCAUUUCAUUAUAUCAAAUAAUGUGGAUUUUCUAUUUUAUCAAGUUGCUGCUUUUGAUUAUUUGAUUCCUAUAGUGUCUCUCCAAUGGAUUGAACAAUGUAUUAGCAGAAACCAUCUGUUAAGAACUUUAAAUUUCUCUCCUGAUCCAAAACAUCUCUUAAAGGAUACCACUAUAUAUAUAGUUAGGAACCCAACCAUGACACACACGGAUUAUAGAUUUUAUUCCGAGAUUGUGACGGCAUUAGGUGGUGUUUGUUUAGAUGUAUUAACUAAUAAAGUGACUCACAUUAUAUCUAUUUCAUGUUUCGAUCCAAAUAUGGUAAAAAUAUAUCCAAUGAUUAAAAAUAUAGGGAACACUAAAAUUGUGUAUCCUACAUGGCUUUUGGAAUGUUUCAAAACAUCUAAAUAUGCAGAUGAAAGUAAACAUAAGGUCGAUAUGGCUAUAAAUGAUGAUAACGAUAACGACACUAGGAUAAAUAUUAGUUAUACACGUAUUGACGAACGAUUUGAAGAUCUAUGGGAAGAUUUGGAAAAUUCCUCUGAGCUUUGCUCACAGUCAAUAAAGAAAAAAUACCUUGAAGGUCAUACCUUUAUAAUAGAUCUAGAUUUGUCUCUAUCUUCCAAAAUUUAUAAAUUUUUGAUCCAGUUGAUCAAGUUUUAUGGUGGGAACUUUGUACCUUAUAUUAAACUUGAUGAUAUAGAAAGUAAUAAAAAUAUUGAUUGUUUUAUUGGCGAAUCAAUUAACACGAAAAGUUUUGAGUUGUGUAAAAAAAAAGGUAUCUAUACGGGUAACAUAAUAUGGUUUUUCAAUAUUUGGUUGUUUGAAACAUUAAUUGAUCCAAAAAAAAAGAUGAUUUGGAGUCCAUUUAAAUCUAAACUUUUUAAAUCAAAAGAUUUGAUUCUAAGUCAUACUAAUUAUUUUGGUCAGGAAAGGAUAUACAUUCAAAAAUUAACGGAGAUUUUAGGAGGUAUUACCACAACAUCUUUAUCUUCCCAAAAUACACAUCUUUUAGUUAAAAUUCCCUUUGGUAAAAAAUACUUAAAUGCUACUACAAAAAAACCAAAUUGUAAAGUGAUUAAUCAUAUUUGGUUGGAAAAAUGUUAUUUGGAGGGGGUUAUUCUUGAUACUGACCAAGAUUUAUUUAAAGAUUUUGAUAUCUGUCAAAAAGGUUUAUCUUAUUUUUUAAAUCAAAUAGGUAAUGAUGACAAUUCACAUGAAGCGGACAAAGAUGAGGAGAAUGCUUCAAAAGUGUAUGAAUUAUUUGAAAAGAAUAACAUAACUAAUGAUACUUUUUCAUCAGGUGAAGAGACUGAUAUUGGAUUUUCAACAGCUAAUGAAAAUCAAAUUAAUCCUUUAUUUAAUUAUAUGUCAAUAGACCGAAAGGAAAAUGUUGAUACGAAGGAAGAUGGAUUAAAUUUAAAUAAGUUAAAUAGCAAGAGUGGGUUUCAAAGUGAAAAGGAUAAUCUUGAAUCAAACCAAGUGGAAAGCUCAUUACAAAAUAAAAAGGAUAAUAAGGUUGAGACAGAAGAGGAUAAAUAUCAAGAAUUAUUUGGUUCAUUAUCUGAACCACCUACAAAUUUUAAUACAAACAGCAUUAAUGAUACCGAACAAAUUAUUGAUAAUAAUGAUAUAAGUAGUAACAAUAAUAUUGAUUCAAAUAAUAGUGGGAUGUCACAUACACCUUUGGUGUCUAAACAAUCAUUCAUAAGUGAGGAUAAGAUUUCACGAGCAGAUAGGGAUAUGAUAGUUAAUGAGAUAGAUAAAUUAACCAACAAUGAAAAUAAAUUAUCAAAAACUCUGGAUAAAUCAUUGACACAACCAACAGAUGAUAUUCUUGAACAAUAUAAUCCUACAGAGACAUCAUCUAGAAGGCGAGCAGCCAGAGCAAAAGCAGAAAAAAGAUUGCAUGAAGACAUCGAAUCAUUGAAUGAAUUUGAAAGGAACAAAAAAAAGAAGAGGAUUGGAGAUCUGUUACCAAGUGAAAUUGAAAAAUUAGAGCAUAUAAAAGAGUUGAAGAAUAAAGCUAAAGAGGUUGUUUUAUCUAUGAAGGAAUUAUCUCAUGAGAGUAACAAAGAAGAAACAUUAAAGAAGUUGAAACACUCUUAUAAUGUUAAAGCAUUUGUUACUGGUUGUCACGAUGAUAUAAAUGAACUGGAUAAAGAAAUUUUAUCACUUAUGGGGAUCCAAAUCACUGAAGAUUAUAAAUCAAAGUUGAACUGUAUUAUUGCACCAAAGAAACUUCGUACAGUAAAGUUUUUCAAUGGAUUAAGUUUUCAUCCAUUAGAAUAUAUAUUAACUCCAGAAUUUAUUACAAAAAUACUUGAAUAUGUUCAUCAUAAAGAAAAUCCAGUGGGUGUUAUAAAAUGUGAGGAUUUCAGAUUACAAGAAAUAGAUAAUGAAAUCUUGGAAAAGACAAAAUUAAAUAGUAAAUUAUUUGAGAGAGCUUAUAUAGCAAACGUUAAUAUAACAUCAGAUGUCACUGGUGGGAUUGAAACGAUUUCAUCAAUUCUUAUGAAUCAUGGGAUUAAGAAGGUUCAAAGGAUAGGAAAAAGUCCAUUAUUGGUUAACAAUCAUUCCCAUAAAAGAAUUAUUUUGAAAAGGGGGAAAGCCAUACAUCCACCCAGAUGCGUUAUUAUAGCUGGUUCAAAUUCUAAUGUACGUAAACUGAAGAAACGAUGGAGCACUAUGAAUAAUGACAAUAUGGAUGGAUUGCUCGUUGUCACUUGGGAUUGGUGUGUACAAAGUAUUUUCCAAUUGGACGUCGACUAUAAUGAAAAAAAAGAUGUUUUAUACAGUUCCUUAUAA